GGUGUGUACUUGUUUAUUACUCCUGGUACUAAUUUGGGUCUUGGCCAAAUUGCACGUGAUCGGUGGCGUGAUAAGUUUCUAAUAUGUCAACAAAGCCAGCGGUAACAGCAACUGAUCGAUGCAGGCUGCAACAGAUAGAAAAGCACAUGUUUAUAAACUUCAGAAGCUAAAGAUAGAAAGGGAAAACUGAAGCAAACAACUGGAUUAAGGAAUCACUUCAUUUUGCUGUUCAGAGGUAAGCUUCAACGCGAUUUAUUUGUGAGGCGUUUGUCGUAAACGUUGAGCUCGGCCGUCGAGUAUUCAUUUAAUCACGGACGUGGGAUAAGGGAAAAUCCUAAAUCCUCGAUCGCGAGCAAUUGAAAACCAGACAUUCGGCUCCCAGUCGCGUUCCGGAGCUUUGCCACAAAGCAUCUAUGUAGUUGUUUGGUAGUAGGGAGCGACAGAGGAAUUCGCAGCUGAGGUGCGCCAUUACACGGUUGACAAGUGAAAGGCGGUGAGUUUUCGAGAGAAUUCGUCAAAUAAGUGAUUUUUCCCGUUUGCAUUGCAUUCCACGAAGCCAAUGUUUCUUUACGAUACAUUUUCAAUUUCGGUCGCCAUCCUCGCGAAGGGUCUAUUGGCGUUAAUGGAUAGCACGACUAGGAAAUAAACUUCAAAUAAACAUCGAUGAUUGACUAACUCGAGCCAACCGCUUUUCUAAUCGGUGUCCUUGCGGAUUUGGAGCUCCCUAGAUUUGAAUCCCCCGGUCCAAAUCCGCUAGCGGAUAUGGACCCCCCAACAAAACUGAGCGAAAACAUCAUCCUUAACGUCCUAGUAGAAAUUGAAAGUACUUUACUUUCCAGUCCACACUAUGUUUUAAAUUCAAAACAUGCGUAAAAAUGUUAUCCGGCUGGUUCUCAGCAUUCGUCACAACUUAGGAUUUUCGUUAACCCGAGCGAAAGCGCUAAACUCUGGAAUAAAAACGAACUGUGGAAUUUGAUAACGUUUGAUUUUUGUUAUUCUCUUGAAAAAGGUGUGAACCAUGAAAUGAUAGAUAUGCUAACAGAAAGUUUGAAACGCGUGAAAGCUUUCAUCAUUUUCACUUCAGUGGAACCCCGAUUGCACGGGUCCUCGAUUUAUCGUAACUCCAUAACUCGAACCAAAAGUCGCGUUCCCCUUCUCCUUGUCAACCCACUUACUCCAACUGAUUUUCAUUUCCCAUGAGGACUCGCAAAAUCGGGAAUCCACUGUUCGUGUUUCACAACGAAAUUCUGUUGCUCCACCCUCUACUCAGUGUUGCAUUGAGCAUUUUUUUAUCGUUCGUAGCCGAUUACGCACAGAAAUUCACACUCGGUUGCGUCUGUGUUACUUGAAAUACACUUUAUAAUUCAACAUAAAUACGAGUUGUUGAUUGUAAAGAUAAUCUAAGGUAAGAAAGGUUAUUACUACACAAGGCUUUAAUUUUUCUGAAGUCGCCUUUUUAGCGAUCUAAAAUAUUGUAACGGUCGCUGUGUUGCAUACGUCAAAUAAAUAAACAAAGAACAAAGAAAAAUGCAAAUUGCGGCGCAUUUUACCUCUGAAUACACCUUUGUUCAUCGAAUUAAGCUUUAUUGUGAUUAGGCUACAGCUGUUAAACGUCAGCGCUUUUGGGAACACUGUUCUGGCUGAGGAAGUGUGCUUUCAAUUAAUUAGGAACAAAUUGAACAACCACACAAGCCAGCAAUUCAUUUUUUUUUAAAUCGUCUGAAUUGUUUUUGAUAAAAAUGUCACCUGCAUCAACCAAAACAUUGUCUAAAACACGUUUAACGAUCUUCUAGCUAAACAAGAAUUUCCGGCCACUGCAAAAAAUCUUGCCAUCACUACUCCUAGAACUUCGCGUAUUUACUUUUUACCUCACAUCCACAAACCUAACAACCCAGGGCGACCCAUUGUCUCUGAAUAUUAAAUCUCUUUAUACUGUCAUUUUUUUGAUCAACUUUCUGCUAAGGAAUCUAGCUCUGAAAUACUACUCCGUCAAGCCGAACUAGUCCUAACACUCAAUUUCUCUUCAUUCGGUGGCAACCAUUACAAGCAAAAUAAUGGUGUAGCCAUAGACACCAGAAUGGACCCAGCUACGCCAAUCUUUUCGUUGGUUUUUUAACGAACUCUAAUUUUUCCGUCAAUACAACGGUCCCAAACCUGAAUUCUACGAUAGUUACAUUGACGGCAGUAUCGGCGCUACCUCCUGCACCAGAGAGGAGCUGACUCAAUUUGUAACCGCUCUUAAUUCCUUUCACCCGGCUCUGAAAUAUACUUGGAAAUUUUCCGACACUUCUUUGGGUUUCUAGACAUCAAAAAUUUCAGUUGAAUGCAACGGGUCUAUACAGAAGUGUUUUCUACAAACCCACAGACUCACAUAGUCACUGGUUGUAUUCAUCUUCGCAUUCAUCACCAGUGCUUUCAAUAAGAUUUGAAGUAGGUAAUAUGAAAAACAAUUUCGAUCUCGUUAGCCCAUUAGUUCCAUUAGAGUAAAAUUAGUUUCCAUUGGAGUAAAGUUGCCUCAAACAGAGUUUUCUGUGGCGAACUUUGGUAGAUGCUCAUUUAAUAUUAGUCUCCUCCUUUGUAACAUUUGUUUAACUGAUUGUUUACUUCUGAUAAAAAUCUUCCAUUUGCUGACUUGCAAACCUACUGCCUGAGUUUCACACAGAAAGUCCUCUGAAAGGACAUGUGGUUACUGGUUACUUCGGAAAUUUUAGUCAGUAUGUUCUCUUACACUCAAAAUCCAGAAAGUUUUUCCAGAAAGUUUGGUUUACGAUAUGAUAAGACAAUACCAAUAGUUUUUUACUCAAAACCUUUUUAUAGAGAUAAAAGUCGCCUGAAAGACAUCUAAAAGACCUCCAGGUAUUUGAGGUCUCACUUCGGCUUCCAGAAAGUCAUAGAAAGAUCCAGAAUGGUGUUAACCAUCCAACAUCGCAUAAUACUAAACACUUUUAACAGGCAGUCAACAAAAGCAAAACUAGAUAAUAUCCUGUGUGCAUCAAAUUUCCGUCUACAUAUGUUCUCAAAUUUUGAGGCUACGAUCCAAAUCUUUGUUCGCCUGAUCUUUGUUUACAGAGGUUUCUUCUGCUUGCAGUUGGAAACAAACCUCUCAGUCUCCUGCUUCGAACGCUGAAUGCAUUUUUUGUGAUUGCAGGUUUUUGUUUAGUUUUGUUUUGUUUUGUUUUUUGUUGUAUUGUGUUUUUUUCUUUUUUUGUUACUGGGUGAAAUUAAAGUUCUAAAAACCAGUUCUAUUUCCUGGGUAAACCUCAGGAUUAUUCCUUUCUGCAGAAUUGUUCAUUAAAUUUAUACAUAAGAUAAUUGAAUUAAAUCAAUCAGCCAAUGAAUUUAGUUGUUCCUACGACCCGUGUUUCAUAUCGGAUCGUAAACAAUAGUCGUGUUAGCGUAGAACAAGGUCUUCUUCGAUUUUUCAGCAAAUGCAGGUUUUUUUUAUAAAAGUUUAGACGCUUAGUGUUUAAUAGCCUUUUUGUAGUUCUCUUCACAGCCAAGCCUAGGUUAAGCGUCCUUAAGCAAGGUCAACAUCUUUGCAAAAAUAUUUCAAAUUUGAUUUACGUGUGCUAUCAACAAGCGAGCUGUUUUCACUAAUUUUGAUUUUCAAGUUUGUUUACUAACUAGCAGUUGAGAAGAACUGUUGUUGUUUUAUUUAUCUAAAAGUAUUUAACGAUUUUAGUUCAGCACAAACUUGUUUGAAAAUUAUUUAGGUAACCGACGAUGAGCACUUCAACUUCGAGCGUGAUUAACUUUUAUAGAGCAAAGUAUACCCAGCGAUUCACAACAGCAUACCCGCCGAAGCUCCAGCAGGUGCCGGGUGUUAUUGAAAGUACUGUCUUUAGAAACUUUAAUAACUUCAAAGUGAUUCAGAGAUAAGUACUAUCUUUGCGCAAUCUCUACCAAUUUCAUUCAAAUGCGACAAAAACAAGGCAAACUUUUUGGGUAGAAGUUCAUCUCAAACUAAUGACCAACCUGGAACUUUCAAAUGCGUCCGCUCACGAUGCAAAACCUCUCAUUUCAUUCAUAACAUAGAGAAAAUGUCCGGAUCUAAGAGAUCCAUUAAGAUUACUGAUCACUUUAAGUGCACCUCCGAUGAUGUCAUUUAUUUGCAUAACUUAGCAUGCACUUAUUUCUUAAAGUUAUACAUUGGUGAAACAGGAAGACGACUUGGUGACCGAUUCCGAGAACUCCUUCGCGACUUAGAUAGAAAUGACAAGGACGCAUCCAAACCAGUCGCUAAAAAGUCUUCAGUUUUCCUUGUCUCCGCUUUUCUUUCCUUCCAGAUUUCGAUCAAAUUUCAUUUUUUGCAUAUGUUUUGUGUGGCAGCGGUUGUUUCUUAAUUUUCCUCUGUAGUGUUUACGAGCAGGAAAAUUGCCCAUUAUUAACCAUUUAACUCCCAAGAUCUGAUUGUUAAUUCUCCCCUCUAGCUUUUACACAUUUCCUUGUAAAUAAGUUACAAGAAUUUGAUGUUAGAUCGAGAUAACAACUUCUACUUGAUACAUUUGAGUAUUCUCAUUACCUGUUUGUUGGGGAGUGAAUGGAUAUUGUAUGAAGAAGUUACUUGUUAAUCACCUCUGGGAGUUAAAGGGUUAAACGUCAGCUUUGGACACAGCCGAAAAAUGAGUGCGCAUGCACGGCGGAUAUGGCGCUUUCGGGGAGCGUUUUCUGACUCCAUGGUGAAUGAAUUUCAUCGAGGAACGAACAGAACAUUAUGGUAUAAUUUUUUCGACUGUUAUUGAUGUGAAUCGAGGGCAAAAUUUAAUGGAGUUUGUCCGUAUGGAAAGGUCUGAAGGGUAAGCGCCUUUUUUUAAUUAUAGUUCAAUGCAAGCUGUUUUUAAUGUAUCCAGACAGCUAAAGCGAUAGCAGUCGUUAAGAAUCUCGUAGCCAUAUUACAGAUGCUCUGCUUCAGUCCCUAAGUUCACACCUGUUACUGCAGCAUACCACCUAGAUAUUACAAAGCUCGCACAUGCGCAGACGUUGACCACUGUGUUAAGAAAAUCCAUGACAUUAAAUUUCGUCAUGGGAGAAAAAAAGACCUCCAUAUAUUCAUCCUGUAACCCUUUCCAAAUCCAUUCGCCUUAUCGUGUAAAUCUUUUUAUGGACAGGUAAUCACUAAACCUUUAUUGGCGUCAACAAUGGCGAAGAAAUCCUCUGGCUCAAAGGUUCUGUUUUUUGUCGUCAUUGCAGGGAUAGUUUUUUUAUGGCAACUCGAAAGAAAUUAUUCAACACUUAAAGUUACUUUAACGCUUCCAAGGUAUGGUAACAUAAACCGAGAAAGGGGGAACUCAAACACAACAGAACCAUGCUUAAUUCUUUACUGGUCGACUAUUUUCGGAAGUGAGCCACACAUUGUUGAGAGAUGGAAUGACAGUGAUUGCCCAGUGGCCUGUCAGGUCACAUCUGAUCGUUCUCGAGCCAGAGAGGCAGACGGGUUCGUUGUUCAUGCCCGGGAUUCACACAUGACACCUCCGAAGGAAUCUGUUCCAUGGAUCCUUCACACACAAGAAAACCCGGUGUACACUCCCGUAAUGAAAAACGCCAAGUUUAUGUCCAGAUUUAAUCUGUUAAUGAGUUACCGGUUAGACUACGAUUUCCCCGUCCCAGUUUACCCCAUGCCUCAAUUAACACCACCACUUACAUUUAAGGAAAAAACUAAGCUGAUAAUGGCAGCAUUUUCAAACUGUGAGCCUGUGCGAACGGAAUACAUGAGACAAUUAAUGAAGUUUGUGCAGGUCGAUUCUUAUGGAGCUUGUCUCAGGAAUAAGAAUGAUCUAGUGAGCCGUUAUGGAUCCAAGAACGGGAAAAAUUUCAAAGAGUUGAAGAGUGAAUUAGCGAGACAAUACAAGUUUACACUAGUAUUUUUUAACCAGGACUGUGAAUACUUUGUCGAUGAUCAACUAAGCCAUGCGCUGAAUGCAGGCUCAGUUCCUGUGGUAAUGAGUACAGAUAAACUCGACGAGUUCCUGCCGGGCAAUCUUCGACAAUCCGUCAUUAAAGUCCGUGAUUUCAAAACUCCAAAAGAUCUCUCAGAUUAUCUUAAGUACCUGAGCACAAAUGAGACAGAGUAUAACAAUUAUUUGACGUGGAAGUCGAAAGGAGUAGGAAAUAUCACGGGAACCGUUAUUGGAAAUCACUGGAAACCAAAGUAUCCUAUUUAUUGCCAGAUCUGUGUGGCGCUUUCAGAAGGGCGAAUACACAAAGAAGGACUGAGGCCAAUCCCGUGUAAUGCGAGAGCGUACGAAGACUGGGGUAUCAAAAAAGGGGCCUAA